AUGGGCGGCAGCGAUUGUUUGGAGAAUACAGAUGAACAAAACGUAGAUUGUGACACUCAAUUUAUAAAGGCAUGUCCCAUUAUUCAGAGUAUAAGAGAGCAAAUUGACUCUGGAGAUAAAGAAGGGGUUCGAGGUCAUUUAAGGGAGAUAUCGAAAAAUAUUGAAAGAUACAAUGACGAGAACAAGAAAGCGUUGAAAAAUCAUUUACUUUUGUAUUUAGCAGUCACAUAUGAUCCGAGCUGUGAAUGUGUCGAGAAGUUUUUGAAAUACCUCCCUGGUGACAUUUUAUCUGAAGAUGUUGACGGCCAAACUGCCUUACAUGUUGCCAUAGUUCAGGGGAAUUAUAAAGCUGUAAGAAAGCUUCUAGAAUGCUGUAAGACGAAAACAUUGUUAGAAAAGAAUGCCUAUGGAAUCCAAUUCAAGAACACUGUUCUUAUGGGACAGCUGCCGUUAUCGGUAGCCGCUCUCAUGCUGAAAGCAAACGAUUCAAACUCGAAAGAUAUUGUAGACCAACUUCUAAAAAACGACGCAUUCAUUUCAAGGAAAAACAGUGGGGGUGAUACAUUAUUUCAUUCGCUUAUCAAAUACGGUGACACUCACCCAGAUAAGAUUUUCGACGUUACUUUUGCUUUUAAGUAUCUGUGGGAGAAAUACACAGAGAUAGCCUCAGAUAAAAGAAAUAGUUUUAAACUUACAGAUAUUUUGUUCUGGGAAAAUAAAGAAAACUUGACACCGUUGCAAUUGUCUGCCAAGCUUGGCGUCGGUGAAAUCUUUGACUACAUUAUUAAUAUUUCAGACGUGUACUGUUUCCAAAAUGCUAAGGAUGGUCUCUUCGACAUCCGAACAUAUGAUGUGACUGAAUUUGACCGAUUAAUGCGGUAUAUAGAAAACGAUGAACAAAAAAAUAGAGAACUUUCAAUAUUAGAAAUGUUAUUUGACUCACGGUGUAGCAUGAAAGAAGCUUUUCAAAUUCUUAACCAGAAAAUAGUUCAAUUCAUCUUAAAGAAGAAGUGGAAAACCUAUUUUGUUCCCAUGGCCUUCUGGCUGGUAAUGCACUUAUUCUUCAUUAUUUUCGCAACAAUAGUGACCGUGCAAAAGUCUGACGUUUUGGUAUGUUCUGACGGAAUCCUAGAUUCGUGUGAUUUAAAUGAAAAUCCCACUGUUAUUGGAGUUGUGUUUCUCUUGGUCGGAUUGACUUACUUUUUUAUUGCCUUUAUGACUGUUUAUAAAUUACUUGCACGCUGUUGUUGCGGAAGUCGUGGAUUAGUGUGGCAUAAUCUUGAUUACAUCAUUUGUUUGACUGUGGUGUCUGUUGGUGCUAUAAUAGAAUCUGUACUUACUUUUUUUCGGACACAUUGGGACUAUCACCUGAUAUGCUUAUUGUUAUGUGGAUGGUAUUUUAUGCUUUAUUUUUCUCCCUUUUUUAAAAAUCUUGUUGUUUUCACAUACAUGAUGAAAGCUGGGCUUUUUGGGGACUUUGUUCCAUUUUCUUUUAUAUUCACAUUUCUUUUGAUAUCGUUUACUACAGCCAUGCAUGUCCUUUUCAAAGGGACGGGUGAAGAUCCAGAGGAAUUCCAUACCUUUGGAGAGUCACUGUUAACCAUGUUUAAGUUGGGGGUUGGUCUCAAUGAUAUCGGUGUUCUAAAUCAAUCAAGAAUCCCGUGGUUAGCCUAUACAAUGUUCGUGCUCUUUGCAAUUUUGUCAUUUAUUCACCUGCUGAAUGCUCUUAUCGCCAUAAUGUCUCAGACGUUUUCAGAUGUUCACAAGGAAAAAAACUCAUAUCACAAGUACCAAAAACUGUGCAUGAUAGAGUUAUUUGAAGAUAUCAUGAUUACUCCUUUUCUGGUUAAACUUGUACCAUGUAUCGAUAGGGCAAAACACUGGACUCGGCGAGAGUUACCUCAUCCAGAUUACAAUAACAAAAGUGGGUAUCGCUGUUUGACAACUGUUCACUCGUUGGACGAUUCUUUUUACGAUAAGGAGGACAAAGAAGAGAAAAUGAAAUCUGAUGUACAAAUUAAUGUAAGUCAAGUGAUUGACUUGAUACGAAAAGGAAAUAAAGAGGUAAUCUAUUUGAUGCAAAAUGCAAAAAAUGAAAACAAAAAUGUAAUCAACGAGCGCGAAGACAUUACAUUCGUGGUGGAAAGAAGCGAUCGCGACCGAUCGCAACAAUUCCCUGAAGUUAACUGAAUUCAUUUAAUUUUCUACACCCAAGAAGAAUAUGCUAGUACAUUUAAUACAAUAUUUUCUUCCUAAAGGAAUGUCUCAGAAAGAUCAAAAAUCCAAUUUAAAUAGCGUGGCAUUGAAUAAGAUACGGAAUAAGAAUUGUUAUGGUAUCCGGGGAUGCUUACUCCUCCUAAGCACCUGAUCCCACCUCUGGUGUGUCCAGGGGUCCGUGUUUGCCCAACUAUCUACUUUGUAUUGCUUAUAGGAGUUAUGAGAUUGAUCACUGUUCGUUAUCUUCACCUUGCAUGAUCUUCAUGUUGAAUGUUUAAUUUUCUUAUAACUGUUGAAUGUGAAUAUGCUUUUUGUGUUGUUAUCACGCAACCAACCAUGUGAAAACAUUAAUUAUCGGGUUCUUAUUUCUGCACAUCUGCGUAUUAUCAGUACUAUGUAUAUUAAACUUUAUUUCACACGUGUAUUUAUAUCAAAUGUAAACUUGACAUUUUUAAUGUGUGUUUGUAAUAUCCCAUUUUCUAGAACUCUUCCUGAUUGUUAGUAAACAAAGGUGGAACGGCUGUGAAUGUUCUUUUCAAUGUAAUUCGUCGGAUUGGCAUUUUGACGUCAACGUUAUUGUUAAGUGUGGCAUUGGUACAUGUAUGUGAAGGAGUUUUCAAAUUAUCUACAUCACAUUUCAAUGACCUUGGUAAAAUUGAUGUUCAAAUGUAAAUAUUUCUAGGUGACAAUAUCAAAGAGAUACAUUUUUUUUUAACAUGUAUUUGUUACUGGAAAUAAACAAAAUUGUGAUUUUCGAGAAAAGUGUUUAUAUCAGCAAUAAUGUUCUUGAAGUCAUCAACACGAUUUUGCAAUAUAUUAAAUUUGAAAUUCUUCAAACAUGUAUUUAGAUGUUGUACUUUCAUAAAACAUGAAUUUGAUAUGAAGUCUCAAAAUAAAUUCAAAUGAA